AUGAGGGUUCAGACCCACUGCAGCCCCCAGGAGGAAGUAAUGGACAACCCAGAAAAAUCCCAGAGUUCCUUGCAGCUUAGAAAGGAAAAUCGGUGGAGUUGGAUGAGGAGAGUCUGCCUGAGAGUGAGCUUCACUGUUCUCUUCUGUGUAAUGUUCCAGAUUCUGGUUCUCUGGGUUGGAUAUCUAUAUCAAGGUCAUGGAGUGCUUGCAGCUGGACAAAGAGUCCUCAGCCUCCUGCAGUACCUGCUAAUGCCGACACUUGCCUUCCCAGUCAUAUCAACGGAUACAGGGGGUCUUUUGUCUCUUCAGCAAGUACUGUGGGAUGCAGGGAGCUGUUGUCCUCUCUUGGCAACAGCUAUACUGGGAACUGUGCUGACAGGCUCUGGGAUCCUCUAUUGUCUUAAAACAGUUGUCCGACAGUUCUCAACAGAGGCAAGACGUCAAUCAAUGAGCCGGCAGCCCUCCUUCACCUAUUUUGAAUGGCCUGAAGAGGCAACAGAUGAAAUCCCUGACCCAGAGUUCAAAGAUCUUGAUCUCGAAGACAUUGAAGGCCAAGUCUUUUACCAGCCUGAGGAGCAGGAACAGGUAGAGAAUCAGGUUCAAACCCUUGAGAGCUCCACAGAUUUGGUGUCAGAGUCAGUGGAUCAGUCAACUCUUGCUGUUAAACCAGUGGGACUUCAGGAGAGGAGAGGUUCAAAUGUAUCGCUGACCCUUGACAUGUGUACACCAGGAAGUGAAGAAGCUGAUGGAGUGCUGUUGUCGCCCAGGGAACAGUCAGCUCGGGAGUACUUGCAAACAGCAUCUAACCUACUCACUUCACAGAAACUGCAUGAGCGAGCCAUGGACUCUUUCACACUUCAGAGAGAGUUCCUGGAAAUACCAAUGAAUUUUGUUGAUCCAAAUGAAUUUGAUAUUCCAGGCUUUGGAUCGAAGAAUCGUUACAAGACUAUCCUACCAAAUCCCCACAGCAGAGUGUGCCUUACUAUUAAAUCAUCAGAGGAUCCACUUAGUUCAUAUAUUAAUGCUAACUAUAUUAGGGGCUACGGAGGUGAGGAAAAGGUGUACAUUGCUACUCAGGGACCAAUUGUGAACACUGUCUCGGAUUUCUGGACAAUGAUUUGGCAGGAAAGGUCAACCAUUGUUGUCAUGAUCACAAACCUAGAAGAGAAGAAUGAGAAAUGUACAGUGUAUUGGCCUGAGUAUCAAGCCAAUUAUCAAGGAAUUGAAGUCAUUGUCAACAACGUCCUACAUGCAGAUGAUUACAGUUUGAGAAACAUCACCCUGAAGGAUGAUUUUGAGGAACGACAUUUAAAGCACUACUGGUACACGUCCUGGCCAGAUCAGAAGACACCAGACAAUGCUCGACCACUUUUACAACUAGUUCAAGAAGUGGAAGAAGCUAGAAUGCAAGCAAAAAAGGACAACAGUGGACCAGUUAUAGUCCACUGCAGUGCGGGCAUAGGGAGAACAGGCUGUUUCAUUGCUACCAGCAUCUGUUACCGAGAGCUCAAGUAUGCUGGCAUGGUUGACGUACUGCGGACAACUUGUCAGCUCAGGAUAGACAGGGGAGGUAUGAUCCAGACAUGUGAACAGUACCAGUUUGUACAUCAUGCCCUGAGCUUGUGUGAAAGACAAUUAUCCCAACAAGCAGAAGAAUGA